AACAAUUAACGGAAUGUGAUUAUUUUUAUGUGUCGAAAAUAAAUUUUUUAAUUUAAUUGUUUUAAAACUAAAUCCGUAAACUUCUCCCUAUACGAUUUGUUUGUCAAACUCAAGUCAAAAUGAAAUAAUACAUAAGUUCAACGGAUUUUCUCAACGAGUAUAAAUCCGUUAAAACGCAACAAUUUUUCAACCAGACCAGAAAACCCAAAUGCCCGAAGCUCUGACACUGCCCGGCAUGGCUGACGCGGAGCCAGACUUAUCGACGUUCGAAAACAAAACCGGCCUAGCCGAUGACAUGAAGUUUUUAGCCUCGAUGCCAGAACUCUGUGAUGUAACGUUUCUGGUGGGCGACACACGUGAGCCAGUUUGUGCCGUAAAGGCUGUACUCGCGUCACGUUCGCGUGUAUUUGCGAAAAUGCUGUACUCUGCGCCAUCACCCCAGCGCAAAAGGGAGACGUCCACCAAGGAGAACAAGUUGCGCUUAUUUCUGAAGCGCUCCUCGGAGCCCCUGUUGAAUCUGCAGAAUGCGGCACAACAGGUUGGUAAUCGAUUUUCAUUUUCAUUUUCAUUAAAGCCUCAAAUUAUUUUUGUGGGAUUUGUGUACUAA